AAUCAUCACGCGGGCCUGUAGGUAAUUUACAGGCCCAUUUAUUUUAUUUUUGCUGUAUCAAUAUAAAUUACGUGUUUUAUGAAUAUCCAACAAUUCAAUUAUAUGCCUAAAUAAAACCUCUCAAUAUGUCUACACAUGGAUAAAGAAUAAUACGCACAGAAGACGAUCUACAGGAACAUGAUGAUGAAAGAUUAAACUAACCAACAAUAAACCUCCACGACAAUCAUGCACCUGCCUCGUAAAUGCAUAGCAAGUGAAAAUGAAAUUCUGCAGACCGAAAUAUCUUCUAGCACUGGGUCACUCGCUGGAAGAAAUAACCAGCCAAGCAGCAGUGACCAAGUUCUUUAUGUCCGCAGCGGAUUUCUACUUGGCGGUGCUCAGCAACUGCCUCCUUGUUCUUGGAUAUGCCUUAGGCAAGAUUUACUGUGAUGAAAUCGAGCCGUGCUUUACUGGGACUAUUUUAGUGAUACUCGGCCACUCCCUAGGUUUACUCUCGGACGCAUUUACUGUGCUGGAAGAUGUGCUGUAUGUUAAACAGUAUAAGCGUGACUUCAGCGUGAAUAGAUAUUUUGUGAUUGCGAAUAUCCUGACCAUAAUCGGAGAAUAUCAGGAGCUGAAGUCGUCGCUCCGUGGAACAUGACAUGAUCAAAAACCAAUGCUGGAUCUGGUGAAAUUUCUGGAGGUAUACUUGCCGUAUGUCGGUCACUUUAUUAUGGCUAUGGGGUAUAUUCUAGAACAAAUCGAGAGCGUUCAGCCUCCUGUUCCCAGCGCGGUGGUGCUGGUGGGGCACCUUUGCGUCUUGUCUGACCCUCGCACUCUCUCCCCCGAACAACCAAGUGUUCAAGUCAUCAACCUAAUCUUCCUAAUUAGCAACAUUCUAGUUUUCCUAUACGACUUCAUAGUUGCAUUGGAAUACGAUGUACCCCUUAUAAACGAACUAGACCAAUAUAUGGGGUGAUCAUUAUAUUUUAAUUAUGUGACGUAUAACUUUUCGUGGAAAAAUGUAUA